AUGCAAGUGAGAACUUCCACUCCAACCACACUUACAGACAGAGUGACGGCGUCUGCUUCUUCGACGAUAGAUGACGGGGAGGAGUGGAGUGUAUCGUGGUGGUCCACGCUGGAUCACCCAAACCAAGCCCACCACAACCACCAUCACAACCACUCCAGCAUCAGCACCAACAGCAGCCCCGCCGCCACCCGCCACCAUAAACACUACCGCGACCAGAACCACCACAAGGUGCGCCACCACCACGACGAGCGGUCGUUGCGGCGGCGGCGGUACCUUCCUAACAGACAUCAGCCAAAGUUCUCUCACAGUGAAUAUCAAGCCGAUGUGCCGGAGAAUAUCCCUGUUGGUUCCACUAUUAUGCACGUGGAAGCAACAGACGAUGACCUUGAUAUCAAUGGUCUCGUGAGGUAUAGAGUGAGUGACACCGAGCACUUCGCGAUAGACGAUGGUGGAGUGGUCACGAACAUCAAGCCCCUAGAUUUUGAGCACACGAAAGGGGAGUAUCGCUUCUACGUGUACGCCGAGGACCAAGGCCACACGAGGUCUACGAGGAAGGAGACGAGGGCUGCUGCUGUCAUCCGCGUUAGAGACACUGAUGAGCCGCCUUACUUCGAAAACUCACAGUACACUUUCGCCAUCACGGAAUCAGCGAAGACAGGUGCUUACGUGGGGACGGUGGUGGCCAGGGACGCCGAACUCAACUUUAAUAGAUACGAACUGAGAGGAGUUCAGCCUCCUGGCACGUUCGUGGUGGAGUCCAGACACGGCAUUAUCAGUGUCGGCAAAAACAACUUCGCCAACACGAGAGAGUUCGAUUUCCAGGCAGUGGCGAUUGAUGACACCAACCUGAACUCCUCGGUGCCCGUCCACGUGAACAUCAUCGACGAGAACACACACAAGCCUGUAUUCAAUGAGUGUUCGGUGCUGGACGGCAUUUCCGUGACCGAAAACAAGACUGCGGGACUCCGUGUUGUGAUGAUGACAGCCACGGAUGAGGACCAGGGCGUCAACGGACAAGUCACUUACCAUCUCCUGAACGACCUGGAAACCUUCGCCAUCGAGACCAAGACGGGCCACGGCUACAUCACUACUACACGGAUGCUGGACAGAGACGGGGAGGACCGCGAGUUCUUCCUGACGGUGAUCGCCAGGGAUGGGGCGCCUCCUGACGAGGCCCUUCAGGAGACGUGCACCUUCAAGAUUAUCGUGGAUGAUAUUAAUGACAACCCGCCAAACUUCGACAAGCCGUUGUACGAGCAAAACAUCGCCACGGACCACAACAGAGAGACGGCAGUGCUGAGGGUGACCGCCACAGACAUUGACACUCUGGAGAACGCGGACAUCAGAUACACCCUCGACAGUGGAAACUUCGAUGACUCCUCCUACUUCUCCAUCAACGAGAAUACAGGCAUCAUUAAUCUGGUGAAGCCGCUGGAUGAAAGUAUGUCACAGUGA